AUGGCGACGAAUUCGAACUGGACGCUCCAGGAAGAGCAGGCCGGCCGGAAGCGUGGGCCGACCGUGGGAGUGUCUGAGUUCGACGACGACGGGAUGAGUGAAAUGGAGAAGAGCGAGACGCUGGUCGUCGGUACAACGAAUCUUUACGUAGAUGGGCAGUUGAGGCUGAUUCCUAUGCCCACGCCUGACCCGAAGGAUCCGUUGAAUCUUCCCGCUUGGCGCAAAUGGACGGCUAUCGGCUGCCUUUGCUUUUUCGGCGCCCUCGCCCUCUCGGCAGAGGUCGUCAUCGGCGGGCUCCUCCCCGUUUUCAUCCUCGAGUACUCCGGCGUCGACCCGCACAUCCUCAACACCAUCGACUUCAAGACCCAGAGCGGGGGCAGCGGCCUCAACAUCAACCCCAUGUCCGUCGUCCCGCCCGGCGUCAAACCCGCGCCCCUCGAAGAGGUCUCCCUCCUGGCCACGAUACCACUCCUGGCGAACGGUAUCGCGAGCUACUUCCUCGUGCCGACCUCCAUCUGGAUCGGCCGUCGACCCGUCAUGCUCUUCGCCGCGACCUGCGCCUGGGCCGGAGGUCUCUUCGCGGCGUUCAGCACGAGCCUGAAUCAGCAUCUGAUGGCUAGGGCGCUGAUGGGUCUGGGUGCCGGUGCCGUGGAGGCGUUGAUUCCUUUGAUUGUUCAGGACAUGGUCUUCAUCCACCAGAGAAACAAGGCCAUGUCUGCUGUGGUUUCGAGCCAGGGUAUCAUCAUCAUCGGGCUGGGCGUCGCCGCGCCCUGGGUGUCGGCUAACUACACCUGGAGAUGGAUGUACUACAUCACCUCCGGCCUCGGCAUCCUGGCGUGGGCCCUGCUCAUCGCUUUCCUCCCGGAGACGCGAUGGACUCGAUCGCAGGAAGAGCUGAGCGGCCAGAAGAUCUUCCCCAUGCUCCCAGGAAAGAACCGCCCAGAGCUCGACUACACAGCCUUCACCCCCCGGACAACCUGGACCAACAUCGGCGUCUUCCAGAACGGCUUCGAGUUCAAGCGCGCCGCCAAGUCCAUGUUCGACGCCCUGCGCUCCACCUACUUCCCCGCCAUCAUCUGGGCCGUCCUCGCCAACAGCAUCAUGAUCGUCAACAACCAGGCCGCGCAGCAGAUCACCCCCUUCGCGCUGCUCGCGCAGGGCUGGCAGUUCCAGUGGACCGGCCUCACCGUGCUGCCCUUCUUCCUGGCCUCGGCGCUCGUGUACGUCUUCGGCGGGCCCGUGGCCGACAAGAUCUCCAACGCGGUGACGAGGUGGAACGGGGGCAGCCGCGAGCCGGAGCACCACCUCGCCAACCUCAUCCUGCCGCUCGUCUCCGGCGUGGCCGGGUGCUUCAUCUUCGGGACGGCCGGGGAGAAGAACUUCCACUGGAGUGUGCUGCUGGUGGGCUCGUUCUUGAUCGUGUUUGCGUUCUUGACGACCAUGACCAUUCUCAGCGUCUUCCUCGUGGAGAGUUACCCGCAGUGGGCAGGACCGGUACUUGUCAACGUCUCCUCCCUGCGCAUCGUCAUCGCCUUCUUCCUCGCCUCCAAAGCCACCGUCUGGAUCGCCGAAAAGGGGCCGAUUGCAACCUUCGCCCUGUACGCCGAGGCCAUCAUCGUCUUAUCUCUUGGCCUGCCGAUACUGUACUUCUGGGGCAAGAAGAUGCGGCAGUGGACAGCUGGUAGCGUGAAAAGCAAGCAGACCGAAAAGGAAAAGGUGUUUGAUGACGGCGCCUCCGUCUAA